GGCACGGGGGGCUGCGCGGACGCCGGAGCCGGAGUCGGAGCCUGGUCCGGAGCCGGAGCGGCACCAUGUCCACGCAGCGGCUCCGGAACGAGGACUACCAUGACUACAGCUCCACGGACGUCAGCCCAGAAGAGACCCCGUCCGAAGGCCUGAGCAACUUUUCCCCGGGCUCCUACCAGCGUUUUGGGGAUAGCAACGGCACAACAUGGUUCCAGACGUUGGUCCACCUGCUGAAAGGCAACAUUGGCACCGGACUCCUGGGGCUCCCUCUGGCGGUGAAAAAUGCAGGCAUUUUGAUGGGCCCCCUCAGCUUGCUGUUGAUGGGCAUCGUGGCCGUGCACUGCAUGGGCAUCCUGGUGAAAUGUGCUCACCACUUCUGCCAAAGGCACAACAAGCCCUUUGUGGACUAUGGGGACACCGUGAUGUAUGGACUGGAAUCCAGCCCCAUCUCCUGGCUUCGGAACCACGCCCACUGGGGAAGGCACACCGUGGACUUCUUCCUGAUCGUCACUCAGCUGGGGUUCUGCUGUGUGUAUUUUGUAUUCCUGGCUGACAACUUCAAACAGGUGAUAGAAGCGGCCAAUGGAACCACCAACAACUGCCACAACAACGAGACGGUGAUCCUGACUCCCACCAUGGACUCAAGACUCUACAUGAUCACCUUCCUGCCCUUCCUAGUGCUGCUGGUUUUCAUCAGGAACCUCCGCGCCCUGUCCGUCUUCUCCUUGUUGGCCAACAUCACCAUGCUGGUCAGCCUGGUCAUGAUCUACCAGUUCAUCGUGCAGAGCAUCCCAAACCCCAGCCGCCUCCCCUUGGUUGCGUCUUGGAAUACCUACCCGCUGUUCUUCGGCACGGCCAUUUUCGCAUUUGAAGGCAUCGGGAUGGUAAGAGCUGCGGCGCUCGGUUUCCUUGGUGCCAUAGGCGUGCUGGAGCUCCGCUUCGAGCUGUACCAGUCGGUGAAGCUGCUCUACUCCGUCGGCAUCUUCUUCACCUACGCCCUCCAGUUCUACGUCCCCGCAGAGAUCCUCGUCCCCUUUUUUGUGUCCCGGGCGCCAGAGCGCUGCGGACUGCUGGUGGAUCUGUCCGUGCGGAUGGCCAUGGUCUGCCUGACAUGCAUCUUGGCCAUCCUCAUCCCCCGCCUGGACCUGGUCAUCUCCCUGGUGGGCUCCGUGAGCAGCAGCGCCCUGGCCCUCAUCAUCCCGCCGCUCCUGGAGAUCACCACCUACUACUCCGAGGGCAUGAGCCCCCUCACCAUCGCCAAGGACGCCCUCAUCAGCAUCCUGGGCUUUGUGGGCUUCGUGGUGGGCACCUACCAGGCUCUCUACGAGCUCAUCCAGCCAAUCAACGGCCCCAUCGUCAUCAACUCCACCAGUGCCUUUGUGUAGGCUCUUGGUGCAAAGGCUGCCCCAGCCAACCCUACCCUGCGACCCCCCCUACUGGUCCCUGUCCUCAGAGCCCCAGGAGACUCCAGGCU